CCCCGGCCCCGGGUGCAGCAAGGGGUCCUCGCGGCCCCGGGGCUCGCUUGCAGCGGGGCGCGUCUCCAGUGGGGCCGCCCCCGCCCCCCCCAGCGUGUGCACGGCGGGCAAAGGGCGCUGCGGGCACACUGCGGUGCAAGGGCGUUUGCAGCCCUGCGUGGGCCGCCCCGAGCGCGUCCCUGGUGCCCGGGCAGCUCCGAGCGCUUCCCUGGUGCCCACCGGGGACAGGGCGCGCGGGCGGGGACGCCGCAGCCAGGGUUUGGCCGAGACCUGGGCAUUCUUAGAGGAGUUCGCAUUACUCCCAACGGCCCGGCCAAAUUCCACGGGGGAUCAUUUACCGUCUCCUUGAAUUCCUCCUGCAGCCUCCAGUAGUAUUCCUCAUGCUCGGUCUGAAACCCUUGUGGUAUUAAGCUGUCUUUGUUCCACCCACCAGAGUGGGUGAUGGGAUUCCCAGGAGUAUAGGGGACUGAGCAUCAUCAGAAGGCAUGACAGUUUAGGGCAGGGAACCUAGACUGCCGUCUCCAGCGGGUUCAAUCAGUCAGUGGUACCAGCGGUCUUUACAGAGCAUGGCGUAUGCGCCAAGGAGUUCUUUGGUGGCUGCUGAGUCCAAUGGGCUAGUGACCGCUCCGUCCACCAGCAGGGCACACCCACGCACGAGCAACGCUCUGCAUCCAAGCAGCAGAUUCUUUCCUUCUCUGUCGCCGGUCAUCCACGAAGCUUGAUCCAGUCCACCUCGCAAUGCUUCGACCCAUCUACAAGCUGACUCCAUCAACCAGAGCGGCACUCUGCGUGCCUUUCCCAAUCAUCCACAGAGAUUCCAAAGGAUUCUAAGUUCUCUUUGCAAGCACCCCGAAAUCUGCGCAGCAGCCUGCCUUUCUUUCUAGGCCCUCCGCGAGCUUCAGAGUACAGCACGCUCUUCGGGAUCCUGUAGUCCGGCAUUUGCUUCACAUGUCCAAGCCACCUAAAUCUUUUCUUACUAAUCAACGUUCCCGUGAAUGACAUACCCGCAGGAUUAAACACUUCCACAUUUGUCACCCUGUCUUGCCAUCUUAUUCAAAGAAUUUUACGCAAACAGCUGCUUUGAUGAUGUGAACUGGGAAGUAUCGGCAUUCCUCUGUCUAACUCACCUGAGGGGCCUAUUUGGUCAGAGAGAUUUGAUAGAUGGAUAAUAAAAUGGCGUUGGUUCCCUAUGAUGACAGUGCGGUCUGGGGAUUGCAGAAGUUCCAUAAAUCUUCAUCUGUGUAUCAUUUUGCCAACCACACAAUCCAAAUCAAACAAAACUGGAAGCAACUGGGUGUAGCUGCAGUCGUAUGGGAUGCCGCUGUAGUCCUGUGUACUUAUCUGGAGAUGGGAAGUAUUGAUCUACAAGGGCGCUCAGUGAUUGAACUAGGAGCAGGAACUGGAUUGCUGGGAAUAGUGGCCACGUUAUUGGGUGCUCAUGUCACCAUCACAGACAGGGAAGCUGCACUGGAAUUUCUCGAGUCAAACGUUCAGGCUAACUUACCUCCUGACCUCCAGCCAAGAGCCGUGGUAAAGGAACUGACUUGGGGAAGAAACUUGGGGAACUUCGCGCCAGGAAAGUUUGACUUUAUCCUGGGCGCAGACAUAAUUUAUCUGGAAGACACCUUUGCGGAUCUGCUUCAGACACUGGAGCACUUGUGCUCAGAACAUACUGUUAUUCUGUUAUCGUGUCGGAUUCGCUAUCAACGGGAUCAGAAUUUCCUGGAGAUGCUGGAGGGACGAUUUUCGGUAUGUGAGGUCCACUACGAUCCCAGUAAAGAUGUACGUGUAUUCAAAGCACAGAGGAGCAUUCACAAGGAAGACUUUUGACUGCAUUUCUUUUCUCUAAUAUCAAACACUACCUGAAGGUUUGCUACUAUUAUUUCUACUACAUAUACUGUAACUUGUACUGAUGAGCUUAAUUUCAAAAGGAUCCAUCUAGCCUCUUAUGCCACAUCUGUCGCCAUGGUAUCUGAGCACAUUUGAAGGUUGUAUGCUCCGCCCUUCUCAUGUGUAUAAGGCUCAUUGUCAACAUUCUCAUUAUCACUGAGUGAGCUUAGAAAAGGUCAUUUGGUUUCAACUUUUUCCCUGUGAAAAAUAGGGUUUAAUUGAAAACAGCUGUUUUGCAGGAAUAUAUCGUUUCAUGAAGGUUGUUCAGUUGGUUGACAGAAAAUUACGAACAUUUUUUUUGUUUCAAAAUGAACAUUUUCCUUUUAGUUCUUGUAAAUUGAAAAUGUUUCAAAAUAACAGAUUUUGGGGUUUUCCUCCUCUUUUCUCCCCAUUUUUGCACUGAACAGAAUAGAAUGAAGGAUGUUGAGGGAUUUCCCUUUCACUUCGUCUAUUUUUCCCUCAUUUUUUCUCUCUUUCCUUGAUGUAACUUUUCAAAGCUCCCUCAACUUUGGAAAGUUUGAGUGGGGAAAAAUGUAAACUAAACAGUGUAGAGACAAGUAACUGUCCCAGGACACCCCAUUGUGGCCUAGGGCAGCCCUGUAGGCACCCUGCCUCAGUUUCCCUCUGAGUUCUGCUAAAAUAAUUCAGUCAUAAGCAAAGUCUUUGAAACAGUAUUCCUCUUCUCCUGGGGUCUAAUUCGUUGAAUAUAAUUAAACUCCCACAAAGCUUCCUUUCUACUCAUCUUCAGAUUUAGGGUCUGAGUCCUCCUUGCGACUGUAGCUUUAAAGUUUGGCCUCCCUAGCCUGUAACUUACCUCGCAAGUCUGGGAUCUCACAGUCCUCCAUUCUGGGGUUGUGUGCUGGUUGACUUCUUUAUCCAGCAACUUCCUAGUGUCCCCGAGGCCUCUCCCUUAUAUAUCUCUAGGCUUGGCCUGACUUAGUCCCAUGACUUUCCUGUCACAUGACCAAAAUCAUUUUCUCACCUGGGGAGGCAAGUUAGGCUUGUCACUGGAGGACUUAGGCCCACCUCUCCUUAAAGGGCCAGCUGCUGCUAUGCCACUGUAGUGUUGUAAUAUGGACACUUCCUACAUUAACAGAAAGUGGUAGCUACGUCCUAUGGGGUGGAGCUUUUGCCUCCCUGUUAUCCUUGCUCUCCCCAAACCUUAAGGUGCGAACGUGAGCCCCAGUCCUCCCACUCCCACCAGGCUCCUAGGGAGGGUGUGUGGUGUCCCUUCUGAUGACCUAGCUGCGUCUACUCCGGGGGUAGGUUGCUGUGGUGCUCCAGGCAUGAUAUUUUUCGCAGCCCUGAGCAAUGUAGCUAGGUCAAUGUAAUUGUUCAAUGUAGACCAGGACUAAGAAAAAGGAAAAGUGUCCAAAAAUCUGAAACCGUGGACACUCAGUAGCAGAAAGGAAAAAGUGAGGGGAAAACAAACAAUAGUUUGAACGUUUUCAAAAAAAAUAUUUCAUGAAAAUUUUAAAAAGCCCUGCUAAACUGAAACAAUUUUUAAAUUUUGUGGUUGGGUUGGUUUUUUUUUCAUUUUUUCCCACCGGCUGUAGGAACUUUGACACUGAAGUCCUGUCAAUAGCAGGAUAUGCCAAAUAGCAGGGUGAUUUUUAGAGCAAGAAAUGUUAAGAUUCACACAGAGAGUGAACAUUCCUUGGUGUGUAUGCACCCAUGCGCGUGUGUGUACAUGCACAAAAAGAAGGGAUAUUGUGAGAUCAAGACAAAUGGAUUUUUAAAGACCUAGUCAGCCUUUGGGUCUCAAAGAAUGGUUACAGCAUAGUGUUCUAAGCAUCACCACCUCAGUUACAUCAUUGUCAUGAAACUCCUUCUAUUAUUCUGACCUGAUAAGUUUUCAAAUAGGUUGAGGGCUCUCAUAAAGAGGAUGGUGAUGAAUUGUUCUCCAUGUCUGCUGAAUGUAGGACAGGAAGUAAUGGGUUUAAUCUGCAGCCAGGGAGAUUUAGGUUAGAGAUUAGGAAACACUUUGUCAGGGUUGUUGAGCUCUGGAACAGGCUUUCAAGGGAGGUUGUGGAAUCCCCAUCAUCGGAGGUUUUUUAAGAACAGGUUGGACAAACACCUGUCAUGGAUCGUCUUGGUCAGUGGUUCUCAAACUUUUUUUUUUUUUUCACGGCCCACUUGAAAAUUGCUGAGGGUCUCAGUGGACCACUUAAUAAUCUUUCCAAAUGUUAUUUGUACUGUUAGCUAACUAUUGUAAAUCACUUUGGAUAAAAGCGCUACAUUAAAAAAAAAACCCUUAAUAAUAAACGUUUUUUU